ACUAACAUGAUUCAAAUAUUUAAGUCUCAAAAUAGGUACAAACAUAAAAAUCUAUCAUUUGGAGCUUGCAAUUAUAGUAAUUCGACUUUGAAAUUUCGGUUCAGUUGAAAGAAUCCUGAUUUUCGAAAUAUUCAUAUUCCCUUCCGAAUUUCUAACCAAAUAACAUCAUUUCAAUUUUGGUUCGGUUUAAUUCGGUUUCGAUUCAAGUUUACCGAACCGGUUGCCCACCCCUAACCUGCUUGGCUAAUGGGCUGGACUGGACAUCUUUCUCCCAUGAAGAUAAACCGGCGGUUCGAUCUGGUGUGGCAGUUCAGCUCCUUGAAAACGCAGCGUUUAGUUAAGUAAGCUAGGAAAAAAGAAAUCUUGGUUCUGGAUCUUCUUCUUCCAAAAAUCACGUUCCAUCCCCCGCAACCUACCAUACUUCCUCACCUCUCUCGUCGCCAGUUCCUCAGCCACCACAGCCGCGCUCACGACGACCAGACUUUCACGGCAAGGCCACGGAGGAGCGGCUGGCCGAUUUUCCCUCCGGUCAGAUUCAGGCGCGCAGUAGGCUGAUACCCUUUGGGCCUUUUCCCGUUGAUUGCUCGUCGAUUUCCGCAUGACAGGUUGGAGUUCUGCAUCUUUAUGUUGAUUCAGAUUUCCCCACCAAGAUGAACGCGUUCUGAAUUUUCAGUUUUUGAUUGAUCUCUGAGGGAUCUCGAUAGGCUUCUAUCGAGAAUUCGCAAGGAGUAGUUGGUUUAGUUGUAAGUUGUACCAGGCAGGCUAUGCAAUAGGAGUGUGUUGUGUAGCUUAAGUUGAUGUGAAUUAUGAGUUAGCAGAUUUCAGUUUCAGCUUCCAAUAACUUCCUGUUUCGGAAGUGAUGCUAAACUUGGCUUUGGGUUUUCCUGACCUCCAAUAUUCUUCCUUUUAUUUCACGUCUUCUCGGUUUGGCAUUUUGAUCUCCUCGAAUUGGCUGUUUCUUUCUACAGAUUUGGUCGAGUAACCCUUCUUGGUCUAUUCAAGCUCUAGUCUUUCUCCAUCCUCAGAACGGUAAUUUCUCUUUAAUUCCAUCUUGAUGAUUCAGUACCACCAGCUUAUGUGGAAGUUAGAACCCCAUUCAGCUUCAGAAUCUGCACUUUCAUCGAGUUGAAGGCACUCGUUAAUCUCAUUUUUUCGAUUGAGUUGUUUGAUUUUGGCCUUGUGGCCGGGCCAGCAUUUAUGAUUCGUUGUUGUUUUCAUUUGGUACUUGUAGUGGUGGAACAGUGAAUCUGCACAAAGACUUGCACUGCCUGAAAUCUGCAAUGCUAGCAAAGGGCACAUUUUCCUCGCCCAGUUCAACACUGCUUCCCCUUAGUAUACCACGCGGUUCAUCACGCUCGGAUUCUUUAACAUGUUGGCUACAGGGGAAGCAACAAAGAAAGAUCAUUUGUGCAUGUGUGGCGCCUCCUCUAAAUAUAGGCAGCGAUGGAAUUCCAGAAACUGCAAACAAUCAUAUAAACAAAUCAGAGAAAUCGGAGACGUUGCACCCAAUAUCGGAGCCAGAGGAUGAUUCUGACGUCCUUAUUGAAUGUAAAGAUGUGUACAAGUCAUUUGGUGAGAAGCAUAUAUUACGAGGUGUGAGCUUCAAGAUCAGACAUGGUGAGGCAGUUGGAAUAAUUGGACCUUCGGGCACUGGCAAAUCUACAAUAUUGAAAAUAAUGGCUGGACUUCUUGCUCCAGACAAGGGCGAGGUUUACAUUCGAGGUAGGAAACGAGAUGGGUUAAUUAGCGACAAUGAGAUCACUGGCUUGCGAAUUGGAUUGGUGUUCCAAAGUGCAGCGCUGUUUGAUUCUUUAACAGUUCGUGAAAAUGUCGGUUUCCUGCUGUACGAAAAUUCUACAAUGCCAGAGGAGCAAAUCUCAGAGCUUGUGACAGAAACAUUGGCUGCCGUUGGUUUAAAGGGAGUUGAGGAGCGGCUGCCUUCUGAGCUAUCUGGCGGAAUGAAAAAAAGAGUUGCUUUAGCUCGAUCUAUAGUUUUUGACGCUACCAAGGCCACCAUUGAGCCAGAGGUGGUUUUGUAUGAUGAACCAACAGCUGGACUUGAUCCGAUUGCGUCAACUGUGGUAGAAGAUCUCAUUCGCUCUGUCCAUAUGACGGGGGAGGACACAGUCGGCAAACCUGGCAAGAUUGCUUCCUAUGUUGUGGUUACUCAUCAACACAGUACCAUUAGAAGGGCUGUCGACAGGUUACUGUUUCUUCAUAACGGGAAGGUCGUGUGGCAAGGAAUGACUCAUGAAUUCACUACAUCAACCAAUCCUAUUGUUCAGCAGUUUGCAUCAGGCAGCCUUGAUGGUCCGAUUAAAUAUUAGAGGACACCAUCUUUGUUUGAGCCGAUGGCUCCUAUAGUCUUAUCAAUAACAGAAAAUAGGUGCUGACGAUGGUACAAUUCCUAGUUGUUUGUAUCCUUCCUCCCGGAUCUGGACUCAUUGUGGACGGAACAUCUUAGUACCAAGAGCAUCUCUUAGCUCAGCUGUACAAGGUUCGCUGAGUUUUGUUGGUUGCCAUUUUUGUGCAGUAUGUGGGAAGGAAGAAUGGUGGUAGUUUGCAGGUUUGAUGCUAUUAUUGUUGCUAAUUCUUGUUUACUAAAUUGAACGAAAAAUGAGACCAAUUCAUGUUUAGGCCUCGUGCCUUUCUGGAAGGGGACUGCAUUUCGAAAUGCCAGGUCGUUUGGUUCCUCUUUGUAAACUUUGUUGUAUAAGGUUGAUUGCCCGCGUUUAUCGAUCAAUCAAUAAAGCUUCUACGCGAUG